GUGAAGUCGCGUAUUUCACUGAAUGGACACUAAUUGCACGUAAAUGACAAUUAGUGUAUUGAGUGUACGGAAAGGUGUUUAGCUGUGGUCUGUCCGACGUGUGGACACAGUUUGAGGCGGUGUUGAAGAGUUUGCACACAAACAGUGUGUUUGUGUCAUAUUGUGUGCUAUUGUAGUGAAUGCUUACAUACAUUGCAUACUCUAUAUAUCGGUGUAUAGAAGCAAAGCCUAACUCACAUUCACUGCUAAUACCCAUACUAUUGAACAUUUGAUCCUUUUUUCCCACAAACUCUUCAUUUCAUUCAUUUGUCGGCCAAUCAUAAGAACUUUUUUCUCUUUGAAAACUGUCGACAACUCAUACCUCGUAUCAGACAGUGAUGUCAAAAGUGUCUGAUAGUGGUUCGGACACCAGUAAUGCAACUUUGAUGAACAUGACUGAACUCAGCAGUACUGUACCGCCUAUAGAGCCGGUGGUGACCCCCACCCCCACCCCCGCGCCCACUGUCGCCGAUAAGAUUGGCGUCAAACAGAUGGUGGAUGUGGUGAAUGUGAGCAGAAGUGGUGGUGAAUGGGUUCCCAUAUCUCUCAAUGAUAUGCCAAUUCAAAGUCAAAGCAAUACUUUGAAUAUAAUAAACAGCACUGAAAUGAGGGCCACAAUGACCACAAUGGCCGGUAUGACCAGUAGUAUGACCACUGGCACGACCACCACCCGCACCAUUGCUCCCAAACCCAUCACCACAUCCACUCUCCCCAUUAGGUCCGACACCAUCGCUGGCACUGUUGGCUCAAACUUAGACAAAACCCAAACUGUAAUCAUCACCACUUCCUCUGACUCUACCGUCAAUUCAACCAUUUCUGGCAAUAAGUACGGAAUAAAUAAAGUGAUUCCCAUAAGUAGUCACAUAGCACUAGUAACCUCUCCUGAUGGCACCUCCAUGUUAGCGGUUCCCAUGUCUUCCUUGGUGACCAAAGGCAAUGUCAUAAAGCAAUCGGGAACCCCGGUUAAUAUAUCCCCGGCCAAUUUGAAGGCCAAACCUCCCAUCAUAACUCCGCUCAAGAUCCUGCCAUUGAUCACAUCGACCACUGCUUCGUCAGCACUUUCGGUGCCGACGUUACCCAAGACAACCACUGUUCAGAAAUUGAUAGCUCCCGCCUCUGUCGCUAUCAAUAAGGCUAUUAGUAAUCAAUCAUUUACUUCAGCCAACACCGGGGUCACACUAAUCCCCACCUCUAUUCCCAAGUUUGUCACCUCUAGUGAAUCACUGCCAGAAACUACUGGUGCCUCAAAUGUGGCCAACAAUUCAAGUGUUGAAAUUAAAGUCGAGAAUAAGAGGUAGUGGUUAAGACUGAAGACAACUUGCAAUCACCACUUCCACCCCCACUGAUGGCUCAAAACCUGACAUUUGCAACGAA